AUGGCAGCCACGGUGACGGACUCCGGCGGCGUGAGGAUCAUCACGGAGGUCAUCCCGGCCACGGACCCGCGUGCGGCCCAGCUGGCCUCCAGCUCCGUCCCACCCGCGCCCGCCGUGUCCUCGUUCCAAGUCAGGGGCUUCAGAAAGGCACAGCCCAAAUUGCUGGGGACCAUCCACAUCGUCACCGGCAUCAUUCACUUCUGCCUCGGGAUCAUCCUGACUGCGGCAGAGCACAGGGCCUUUUCCCUUCCUGUGGCCAGCGGGAUCCUCUUCUGGCUCGGGGUCCUGCUCCUGGUCUCAGGCUCUCUCCUAGUGGAAAGUGACAAAAGAGAGAACAUCCUGCUGGUGAAGGCCUGCUGCGUCGUCAACGCCGGGGUCGUCCUCAGCACCCUGGUGGCCACCCUCAUCCACGCCGCGGCCAUCACUCGCAGCAUCCCCGGCUGCGACGGCGGCCCGCUCUACCAGCUGAGGCAGGAGUGGUGCUUCAACGCCAACACCAAGGUGCUGAGCAACGGGCUGGACGCCGUGGCGGUGCUCUUCUGCCUGCUCGAGUUCUGCGCGGCGGUGGCGGCGCUGGCCUUCGGCUGCUCGGCCGUCAGGCGGCACAGCUACACGCGCAUGGCGCUGUAG